AAGUUUGUAGAGAAGAGCUCAAAUUAAGCGAUCGCCCUCUUCCUCGUCAAGUUGUAAUAAAAACCUCAACAGCAGUCAAGAUGGUACAUGGGUGUGGCGCAACAGUCGCCAAAUUUACGCUCUUCGUCUUCAACUUAUUGGUCUGGGUUGCCAGCAUUGUUCUGAUCGCAGUUGGUGGAUAUGUCCUGAAUAAUAGUGCGAAGUAUUCCAAUCUGUUCGGGGAAGACACCAAUACUUUGGCCGUAGUUUGUGGCACACUCAUCGGCAUCGGUUGCUUCAUAUUCCUGGUGGGAUUCCUCGGUUGCUGCGGUGCCUCCACAGAAAACUCAUGCUUCCUCAAACUGUACUUCACCUUCCUUCUCAUCUUGACUCUUGUAGAGAUUGUCGGAGGUAUCCUUGCUCUCGUCUUCAAGGAUGAGAUUAAAGAGACAUUUGACGACGAGCUUUUGAAGCAGGUCCAGCAGUUAUACGGUCUCGCGGAUCAGACAGUUAUCACAGAUUCUAUUGACGCACUGCAGAGAGAUAGCCACUGCUGCGGUGCUGAAAACUUCACUAAUUACUACGGGAGUGAGUUUUCAAAGCUCCCUGGUAACCAAGCCGUACCAGUGACCUGCUGCAUUGACGAGACGGACUCGAGUUGCAACGACGCUAAGGCUGAUGGCACUAUCGCAGACCCGAGUAAAAUCAAUACUGAUGGGUGUGUGGACAAACUCAUUGAUUUCUUUGAGAGCAACUUUCUCUAUAUUGGAGGUGCUGCCUUAGGUCUGGUUAUUGUGCAGAUUCUUGCGAUGGUCAUGGCUUGUUGUCUGAUCAGUGGUAUUGACAACAGUGGUUAUGAAACAGUCUAGUGUAUUGGCCAUUAACAACAUACAAACAUUUAAUAACUAUUGUAUAUAAGUUUUGAUUUGACUAAUAUCACACUUAGUGACAGUUUUACUGAAAUAAUUGUACAUUAUAUUGAUUCAUAGAGAGUAAUGCUAUUAUAAUUUUCUUCACGUACGAAGUCAUAAGUAGGCCUGUUUGCUGUAAUUAUUUCCCAUCACAAAGUUGUUUUUGAAAAGUUUUGAACACCGCUUUGUAUUAUUCUUUUCAUUUCUGCCAAAUAAUUUGCAAUGUGUCUGACGUUAAUUUGUAAGCCCUGAAACUGAUUUUGCAACAUAUUAUUUUAAAACCUACUUUAUUUGCCAGAACUAAACAUUAAUUGGGGCCUUUAAGUCUUCGUGUAUUUCCUUACUGGUUCUGUGUACUCUCAUGGAGUUAAAAAAGGUAUCUCGAAUGCUAGAGGCUAAAAUAAAACAGUAGUCACACUUUGGUACUUGGUUUAAAACGGCAUACAUUACAAUGUAUUUUAUUGUUGCUAUAAAUAUAUCCUGGACAAUUUAUGUUAUGUACAAAUAUUGGAUGAAAAAUGAUUUUAUUGAGUUGUUACAGUUGAUAAAUUAUAAAAGACGGAGAAAUCCAAAGACUGUUUGCAACACAGUCUUAUUACAAUGAGCACUCAUUGGCGUCACAGGAAGAUAUCAUUGGCUGAGAGUUGCGCGUGUUGCGUUUAAUUACGAGAGUGCGCAUUGCUAUUGUUUGACCUCGGUGAUGCAAGGGUUCUACGUCCGUUUUCGAAACCACGGCUUUCUGGGCUUCGGCUUGCGGCGCGUCCGCCUGUUGAUUGAAUUCGCACUGAAGGAAGCCCCAACCCCAAAUCCGGUUGUUUCGAAAAUACCCUACGAUAUAAUGUGAAAGUUCCAUGUGUAUUUUGAACAUUUUUGCAACCUCAGUUGCCAACGUCCAGUGUGGAUGAAACACAUAAGCGUCAUUGAACGUGUCCUAUCAUUCCAAUACAUGCGAGAUUUGACCAGUUGCAUUUAUUUCAACAUCUGCACAAUCCAUGAAGAAAUUAUGGAAGAUUUGUUCAUUUUUCAAAAAUGUGUUAUUCUGAACUUGCGCAGAAGAAUUCUGGAGUGAAUAGAUGGGAAAAUGAAGUAAUUGUAAUACAGGAAAAGAUAUGGUUCUGUGUGAAUAUUAUAAUACAAAUAUUUCAGGAAACACAAAUUACACAUUAUUAUUGUGACCUUACUUGUGAAUUAUACUUGUGUAAUUAAAAAGUAAUAGACACACUCUAAAAAACGCAAACAUGUAGAAAAAUAAUUUUUUUUGUGUGAUUGCAGUGACCACAAAAGAAAAGCUAUACUUGUGGACAUAAUUCAUGGGUAGGCUAAGUCGUGAAUAAAAGGGAUACACCAAAAGCACUAUAUUUGUUUAUCCUGCUAGCUAUUUUAGAAUUAUAAUGGCAAUUGUUUUAAUGAUGAAAAAUCGUGAUUCAUAUACACCAACAUGUAUUGCAAUUUAACUACACCCUCAAACUUAAAAAAUUUAAAAUUAACACAAUUUUCUGAAAUUACUGAUUAAGUAGAUACACUCAGAUAGUUGUAAUUUUUAUGUUAUCGUAAACAUAACUAGAAAUUGACAACAACAAUUCUGUCUGCUCAGAACAAUAAUGGGUCACAAGUCUUUUAUUUUGGAGCUCCUGGUAAAUGGAAUUUAUUGAUCAAGUGUGGUCUUUGCAAAAGUAACAUUCAUUUUCUUGGUAAAACAUUUACUUGUCGAUUUUGAGUACUUUUUUUCAAAUUUAUACGAAUUUUUGGCAAUAAACUACCUUUUAAUCAUUAGUAAAUUAUGAAGUUGCAAUUUAUGACCUAAAAAAAGUAAGAUUUG